AUGCAAGAACAAGACGAAAUCCAGCAGUCUGUCGAACACGACGUUGACAGCGCGGACAUGGCCACACCCUCACCAAUGAGCCAGCAUAUUCCUUUUCCCUCCUACACGCACGCCAGUACGUCCCGUAAUACACAAGGGCGAUAUUCGACCUCGCAGCACCAAGACGAGAUGCACGAUGCUCUGUACGAAGAAGCGCCCAUGGGUCCUGCGCCAGGGGGACCAGAAGACUCAUCCACGCUCUUCGUGUCCGAACGAUCGCCUUCAGAACAGCGGGCCACACAACGAGCCCACACAGCCAGACCCAAGACGCCCGCGCGCCUACCCAUGCAGGCGAGCGUGCAGAAAAAGCGCGAUUUGGCGCUCAAACGCACGCCCGCGCAUCCGACCAACAUUGACCCAGAUAACGAAACCUAUCUCGAUGCUGUGCUGCAGAACCGGCUGCCGGUGGUGACGGGCGGUGCGCCCUCGGUGGAUGAAGAUAUCAUGUCUGAUCGGCAGGCGCUUGCAGAGUACCAGAAGAAGAAGCGGUACUACGAUGAUCUGAGGAGGAAUUCGGGCAGCGGCCACCUGAGUUUCAGACACGAUGUUGAGUGGUUACAGAUCCAAGGGGCUGAGCGUGCGAGGCGGAUGAAGCGGGAUCGCGAUCUUGCACUGGCGUCUGAGGAUGGUGGGGAACAUGGCCAGGUGUUUCCGCAGGUGAGGUCGAUGCUACAGAUGCACGGGGAGCCGGAGGAGGAGGAAGCUUCAGAUCAUGACUUCGACUUUGGCCGACCGGGGCCGCGGAAACGCGUGAGACGGGAUGGACCUGGCAAGCCGAUUUCGAUGAUUGAUGCCGAACUGCAGAGUAUGCAGGUGGGCAUGGAAGCGCAUGAGGAAACUGCGGGGAGGAAGAAGAAGAAGGGCAAAGGUCCUGAUGAUUCACCGGCUACGUCGAGCCGCGGUAAGACGAAGAACAGAAAUCGCAACAGGCCAUCCAGAGCCAAGGGUGCAAUCAGGGGCGGUCACGGCAAGACAGCAAAAGACAAGCGUGAGCUUGAACGUGCAGCCUUAGAGGCAAGUUCACUCUUCAACUCCAACAUCUUCGCACAGCAGGCCGGCCCGGAUGCAUCGGAGCAGCCAUGCUUCACUUCACGCAACAAGCAGAGUGGGUUGAAAGAGCUCAUCGCCAGUGUCCCACUGGGCAACCUGAAGAAAGCCAAGAACGAGAUGAACAUGCUCCUCACCGCGACCAGGGCAUUUAAUGGCCAUGGUUCGGUCAAGCCAAUGCCGGAAAACAGUCUCUGGUCGGUGAAAGGCAUGAAGACGACUCUGAAACACUAUCAGAUACUUGGAACUGCGUUUAUGCGGCGGCGCGAGACUUCGGCGGAGGAGCCGAGGGGAGGCCUUCUUGCGGAUCAGAUGGGUCUAGGGAAGACACUAAUGAUGCUUGCAAACAUCGUCAAUGGACAGCCACCUCGAGGAUCCUCAGAGCUCAAGACAACUUUGCUUGUGGCUAGCCCUGCUCUGCUCAGUCAGUGGAAAAGCGAGUUUGAACAGCAUACGGAGCGAAAUCUCACAAUCUUGCGCUAUGGCGCAGGUUAUCGCAUCGACUCAACAAACCCCGACGAGAUCCUGAGUGGCCACGACAUCAUCUUGACCAGCUACACAGAGGUCAUGCGAUCGUAUCCGAAAAAUGAUCCGCCCAUUGAAUGUCAAACAGCAGAGCAGAAGAUUGCAUGGUGGAAAGAAGUGUACGAGACACAGAGGGGCGUCCUCCAUCGAAUGCGGUUCCUCCGCGUCGUACUCGACGAAGCCCAGGCAAUCAAGAACCACAUGGGUCGCACGUCAAUCGCUUGUCGUGCCCUCAUGGCGACGCACAAAUGGGCACUCAGCGGGACUCCUAUUCUGAACAGCCUGACAGAACUAUACCCAUAUUUUAAAUUUCUCGGUGUUCCUCACACGGGCAGUUUUAAAAUCUUCAAACACAACUACUGCGAUAACAAGGAUCCGGAGAAUACCGAGCGUCUGCUUGUUCGCCUUUCCCAAUUUAUGAUGCGGCGAACUCAUGCGGAUGAGAUGUUUGGGGCUCCGAUUUUAAAACUUCCGCAGGCAGAUCAGCAUACGUAUUGGUGCGAGUUCAAUCCGGUCGAACGCUGCAUCUACGAGAUCGUCCAGAGGAGGUUUACCAAGAGGAUCAAUAUGUGGUCGCAGCAGAACGUACUGGAGAAGUCUUACUCGAAUGCGUUGGUGAUGCUCCUGCGACUUCGUCAGCUUACUUCACAUGUUCUCAUGCUCCAGUUUGUCAUGCGAGAUUUACUGGAGCGUGAAGACAUUGAGUGCAUCAAGGAGAUUACUCAGGAACACUCUGCAGACACGACUACCCAGUCUGGCAAAACCAUCCUUGCCAUCCGCAAGCAGCUCGAUGCGCAUGCAAUCGUGGCGAGAAAGAAGCGUCUCGCUGCUGGGCGAGAGUACAACGACGACUGUGUUCCUGAAGACGAGGAUGGUGAAGACGGUGAAGACAGGCUGGCUACCGACGAUGAACACGCAUCAGCGGAAGAGGACGGAGAACCCUCCUCGCAACGAAGUCAUCCACACAACUACGUUUCCGGGGGGAAAUUCGGCAAAGAAUACAAUUUCAAGCCCUUCCUACGGAGUCUUGAGACGGGUGACAGCUGGGAAAAGGCAAAGAAGAAAUCGAGGUGCGGGUGGUGCUCCAAGCAGCCCAGAAGUCCAUGGAUAACCUCCUGUGGCCAUUUGAUCUGCAACAAACCAUGUCUGGAGCAGUCACACCUGGCAGCCGCUGAAGAGGAAAGGCAGCAUGGGCCGUGCAAAGCUUGUGGUGUUACUCCAAGCUACAUCCACCCAUGUGAUCCCGACGAAUUUGAUACGCCAGAGGCCGUGGCGCAAGGUACCCGUUCAAAGGCGAGGAGGAAGAAGAAUAGCCAACAGGUUUGUGCCGGGCAGGAAGAUAUCGCAAAAGAUUGGCUGGUUGCCCAGGGCGAUGACGUGCUUCCGUCGGCGAAGACGAUUGCCAUCAAAGCGCAGAUUAUGAAUUGGACUAGAAAGAACCCCCAGGUGAAGAUUAUCAUCUACACACAGUUUCUAGCAAUGAUUAGUAUAUUGGCGAGGAUCUGCCAUAACGAGAAAUGGAAGAUUGAGCAGUACCAUGGAGGCAUGACCCUGCACGCUCGCGACAAAGCCAUCGCCUCAUUUGCCGAAGAUCCAGAUAUCCGAAUCAUGCUGGCUUCCCUCCGGUGCGGUGGCUUGGGACUCAACUUGACCAUGGCCUCCAAGGUCAUCAUGAUGGAUCCCUGGUGGAACUCGGCAUCUGAGCAGCAGGCCUUUUGUCGGGUAUUCCGCAUUGGCCAGCUGGAAGAGACGUCGAUGAGCAGACUUUGUGUCAACAAUACAGUCGACAAGCAACUUAUUGCUAUGCAGGAGCGCAAGGACGCGGAGAUCAAGUCGGUCAUGGAAAAUGACGGAAAGAAGGUGUCCAGGAUGACGAUUCGCGAUUUGAUGAAGCUGUUUGGCAACUUGGAGGAGGAUGCAGAGGGGAGGCCAUUCAUCAUGGUGGAUAACCCGGAUCCGCGUGGUGGGUACAGGGCGGAUCGUGAUGACGAGGGUUAUGCGGACGAUUUUUAG